AUGGUUAAAUUUUUGACUACUUUUAUUGCCAUUUUUUCAUUGGCAACAAUUACUUGUACACAAUCAUCUACACCUGUUAUUGGUGGAACAUGUAAACUUGGUACUCCUGAUGUUCAAAUUGGUGGAAAACAAACGCAAUUUUUUUUGAAAUGUGAAUCUAAUUCAGAUUCUGGAGAAGGUCAAGGUGUUUGGGUAGUAAAAUCACGAUCAGCUUCAUCAGGAACAAAAGCUCCACCAACUGUAUUAGAAGAGACAUCCUCAUCUAAAAUAGAUCCACCAAAGACAAUGUCAAAGUUGGCACAACCAACAAUAUGUGAACAAGAUAGUAAUUCAAAACCAGGUGGUAAAUGCUCUGCUCCUGUGACAUGUCUUCAAACAUAUUAUCCAGAAAGAAAUUCUUUCCUCCAAUGUGAUGAGAGUACCAAAGUAUGGAUAAAAAAAUAUUGUAAAAAUCUUAUGGCUACAUUUUCUUUUGAACAUCAAGCUUGUAUUGGUGCUGAUAGACCUGGUGUUUCACUUACUAUAUACUGUACUUCAAAUGAAAAAUGUAAAAAUAAAUAUGAUUGUAAGGUAAAUGAAUUUUGUUCAAAGUUAACAAAAUGUUGUCAUAAAAAGAAAAGAGAUCAAAAAUAUAAUAAUGAUUUAAUUAAAAACAUUUCUACUAACAAUGGACAAAGAUUAAUUUUUUCUGCAUCUACAUUUAAAAAUCCAAGUAUUGAUUUAUUAAAAUUUAAAGAUGAUUUAACUAAUAAUAUUACCAAUAAUUAUGAUAAUAAUAAUAAAUUUGAAAGAACAACAACAUUAAUUAAUAAUUAUAAACCUAAUAAUAUUACUAAUAUUUUAACCACACAAUUACCAAUUCAUGUAUGUCCAUCUAAAAAAAGAUGUUCUUAUCCACUUAAUACUUGUGAUCAUGGAGAAUAUUGUGAAAAAAAUACUAUGUGUUGUCAUUUAUAUAAAUGUCCUGAUACAAAUAAACCACCAUUUAUUGAACCUGAUUAUUGUACAUCAAUUUAUCAAUGUCCAUCUAAUAGUUAUUGUAUUAGUGGAAAAUGUUGCCGAAAACCAGAAAUUUCAAUAGAAAUGUCAAAAAAAAUUAAAGAUACUCAAAAUAUUGAUUUACAAAAUAAAUUAAAAAAUACUUUUAAAAAUUAUAAAUGUGAAAUAGAUCCUUUAGCUGAAGAAGUAUGUUCAAUUGAUAAACCAUGUCCUGAUGAUAGUAUUUGUGUAAAUGGUGUAUGUUGUUUAAGACCAAUUACAUCAUUAUGUGAUAAUGGUUUAUAUUCAUUAACUAUUCCAUUAUCAUGUAUUAUUAAUAAUGAUUGUGGAACUACAGCUAAAUGUGAAAGAAAUCGAUGCUGUCCAUUGGAAUUAAAAGAAAUAGAAAAAGAAGAUAAAAUUAAAAUUAAACAAAUAAAAUCAAUUUCAGAAAAUUCUUUUGAACUAGAAAAUAUAACUUCUAAUAGUUUUAAUAAUUUUUUAAAUACAACAUCAAUUGAAAAUUUUUCAAAAUCAUUACCAAUAACAGAAUUAACACCAUUAUUAACAAAUUUACCAAUAUAUCCAGUAUCUCCUAAAAUUUUAUCACCAAAUAAAAGUUAUAUUGAAAGAAUGUGUUAUAAUGGUCAUGAAGCAUUAUCAACACCAUCAAAUUGUUUAGUUAAUGAAGAUUGUCCUAAUGGAUAUAAUUGUAAUAUUAAUUUAUGUUGUCCUAUUGAUGAAAAUCAAACAAUUUCUCAAGAAUUUGACAAAGAAUAUAAAGAAGAAAAAUUGAAAAUGAUUAAUGGUGAAAAAAAGAUAUAUGAUUUAAAAAAUUUUACCAAUUUAACAGAAGAAAAGAUAAAAGAUGAAGAAAAACAAUCUACUGAAUUAUUAAUGGCUUUUAAUAAUAGUACAAAAAAUUUAAUACAAAUUUUAGAAUCAUCAACAGAAGAUGAAGAAAGUGAUAAAAUAAAUUCUUAUUUUAUUAUGAUAUUCCUCAUAUUAUUAACAAUAAUAUUAUUGUUUUUUUUAAUUCUAAGAUAUAUCUUUGAUAUAGAUAAUUAUACAAAAUUUCAAAAAUCUUUACACAAUAUAAUUUAUAAAAAAGAUCAAUAUUUUUUAUCAAAUAUUUUUAAUGUUAACGAAAAAUCAACAAGACAUGGUGGUGAGUUGGUUGGAGAAGUGUUAAAAGCACAUGGUGUUCAAGAAAUAUUUACAUUAUGUGGUGGACAUAUAUCACCAAUAUUAGUUGGAUGUGAAAAACAAAAAAUUAGAGUUAUUGAUACAAGACAUGAAGUUACAGCAGUUUUUGCUGCUGAUGCUGUUGCAAGAUUAAGACAAUCUUUUGGUGUAGUUACUGUUACAGCUGGUCCUGGACUUACAAAUACAAUAACAGCUAUAAAAAAUGGACAAAUGGCUGAAUCACCAAUUUUAUUAUUAGGUGGUGCUGCACCAUCAUUAUUGAAAGGUAGAGGUGCAUUACAAGAUAUAGAUCAAAUAGUUUUAUUUAAACCAUUAUGUAAAUAUGUUGCUAGAAUUACUAGAUUACAAGAUAUUAUACCAAUAUUAAAAAAAGCUAUACAAAUAGCUAGAAGUGAUACACCAGGACCUGUAUUUGUUGAAUUUCCAGUUGAUAUGUUAUAUCCAUAUCAAUUAGUUCUUAAAGAAGCUGGUAUUAUACCAAAUCCAAAAAGUUUAAUAAAAAAAAUUAUUAAUACAUAUAUAUUUUAUAAUAUUUCAAAACAAUUUGGUAAUGCUUGGAAUGAAAUUAAUACACAUCCACUUCCUGUACAUAUUCCAUUAGUUAAUAAUUCUGAUAUAGAUAAAUUUAUUAAUAUAUUAAAAAUAUCUAAAAAACCAAUAUUAUUAAUAGGAUCACAGGCAACAUUACCACCAAUUAAAGCUGGAGAAUUAAAAGAAAUUGUUGAAGAUUUAGGAAUACCAUGUUAUCUUGGUGGUAUGGCACGUGGAUUAUUAGGAAAAGAUAAUAAACUUCAAAUGAGACAAUGUCGAAAAGAUGCCUUAAAAGAAGCUGAUUUAAUUAUUUUAGCUGGAACAGUUCCUGAUUUUAGAUUAAGUUAUGGUAGAGCAUUUUCAUCUAAAGCAAAAAUUAUUUCUAUUAACAGAAAUGAAGAACAAUUAAAAAAAAAUGAAAAAGUAUUUUGGAAUGGAGAUCUUUUAAUUAAAGCUGAUGUUGGAAGUAGUUUAAAAAAAUUAUUAUAUAGUAAAAGGCAUACUACAACACCAAAUAUUAAUGAUUGGAUUGAUACUUUAAGAAAAAGAGAUAAUGAUAAAGAAGAAGAAAAUAAAAAAAAAAUAGAAGAAAAAAAUAUUAAUGGUGGAUUAAAUCCAUUAAAAGUAUUAAGUCAUCUAGAUUCAAUUUUAAGUGAUGAUACUAUUCUUAUAGCUGAUGGAGGUGAUUUUGUUGGAUCAGCAGCUUAUAUAGUUAGACCACGUGGUCCAUUACAAUGGUUAGAUCCUGGAGCAUUUGGUACAUUAGGUGUAGGUGGUGGUUUUGCUAUUGGAGCUAAAGUUGUUUAUCCUAAUAAACCUGUUCUUAUAAUUUAUGGAGAUGGUUCAUCUGGAUAUUCAAUAAUGGAAUAUGAUACAUAUGUACGACAUAAUCUUCCUGUUAUUUCACUUAUUGGAAAUGAUGCUUGUUGGUCACAGAUAGCCCGAGAACAAGAACCAAUGUUUAAUAGUAGUGUAGCUGUAAAUUUAUCACAUACAAAAUAUCAUGAAAUUGCCAAAGCUAUUGGAGCAGAAGGAUAUGAAUUAACUGAAAAAGAUAGUGAUGAUAAAAUUAAACAAACAAUUGAAAAAGCAUUAAUAGAAGGAAAAAAAGAUAAAUCAAGUUUAAUAAAUGUUAUUAUUGGUAAAAGUAAUUUUAGAGAAGGAAGUAUUAGUGUAUAA